CCCGGACCGAGGUCGAGGGAGUAAAUCAGGACCCAUUUCGGUCGGUCAGACCGGGUAGUUAUCAUUGAGCCUGGCUGGACAAUUGGCAGGAGUCACUCAUCCUCGCGUUGCGCGGUGUGCGCCUGUCGUCAAUGCCGUCUCGUCGCAGUCAUACAAAGUCCCGAAAGGGAUGCUCAGAGUGCAAAAGAAGACAUGUUAAGUGCGAUGAGGGGACUCCCAAGUGCACGCUGUGCAAGAAACGCAAAUUGGAGUGCAUCUAUCCGCCCCCACAGAGUGAUCUCGAUAGCUCUCAUGGCUCGCCAUCCGUUCAAGAUGGCUCCGAGAGUGGCACUCGAACGCCGGGAGGUGAUCAAUCAAUGCAAACGCGAAUGCUAGAAAUGAGGCUCUUUCACCAAUACCUAACAUCGACAUGCCGCACGCUCUCCCAGCAUGGACUCUCUGCACAUCACCUGUCCAUCGUCAUACCCCGGAUGGCUACCUCCUUUCCCUAUUUGUUAGACAGUAUUUUUGCUCUAUCUGCUUUGCACUUGGCCACUGUCGAAGAAGAUAAUCGCAUCACAUGGCUGGAUGCCGCUGUACGGUAUCAGAGCCAGGCAUGCUCUGGGAUGGCUAAAAUUCUGCCGGGUAUCACCCCUGAACAUUACGAACCGGCAUUCGUGUUCUCGGUGCUGAUUUUCUUAUUCGCGACUGGAUUUCCUGGAAUUUCAACCGAAAGGAACCAAAACCAUGAUCCCAUCUCUGAGGUACUCGAAGGGCGACGACUUAUAGCAGGGGCCGCCAUGCUCUUCGAGCGUUUCAAUGAAGUGGGUGUCGAUGCAAAGCUGAGUGGCUGGCUUUGUAAUUCGGACACGGAAGAAAGCCUCGAGAAUAAUGAAAAGAACAGUGAUGGCCCCUCAGAUGAUGACGUCAAGAGACUAUUUGAUUUGCACAAAAGCAUUAUGGAGUCACUCGAGAAACUACAAACCACGAUUGAGGCGGACAAAUCCCCCCAAAAAGAGCUCUACCAGGCGACAUGGACACUCCUACACAACUCCAUAGAACCUUGGCCCAAGAUCGGGCCACAGGGAGGGCCGAUCGCAUGGCCCCUCUUCAUUCCUGAGGCAUACAUUUCACUACUAGAGAGCGGCGACUGGAUCGCCCGUAUACUAUUUCUACAUCAUGCCGUUGCACUACGAUUGAUGUGUAAUCGAUGGUACGUUCGUGACCGGGGGCGCAGGUUAGCUCUGGCGACAUUGGAGUCACUCGGAGAUAUCCCUGCCGAAUGGGCGGACAUCAUCUCUUGGGUUAAAAGCAGCGUUGGAAUUUAAUACAUCAGUCGUCGCGUGGUAGGCUCAAAAAAACGAUAAAUUAUCAUUAGAAAUCACCUCUACAUCGCAACACAUACCUAUACAUGAUAUGCACCG